AGAUGUCGGAAACAAAAUUUAAGAAAGUAACCCAUUGCAUUUUUGAUAUGGAUGGAUUGCUUCUGGAUACUGAACGUUUGUAUACAGAUGCCACCCAGAAAAUCCUUAAUAUGUUCGGUGAUCAAGUUUAUACAUUCGAUGUAAAAUUAUCUCUAAUGGGUAUGGUACACAUGGAUAUGUGUCGUAAAAUUGUCGAUGCCUACAAACUACCCAUUACACCCGAGGAAUAUUCGAAAUUACAAAAGCAGAUAAAUUCGGAAAUAAUGAUAAAUGCCCAACUAAUGCCAGGCGCUGAACGACUACUACGCCAUUUACACAAACACAAUAUUCCAUUCUGUUUGGCAACAAGUUCUGGUCAGGAUAUGGUUGAGAUCAAAAUUACCCAUCAUCAGGAAAUAUUUAAAUUAUUUCAUCAUCGGGUAUGUGGUUCCACGGAUCCUGACGUUAAACAGGGCAAACCUGCACCUGACAUUUUCCUAGUUGCUGCCUCGCGUUUCCCCGAUAAACCCGAUCCCUCGCAGUGCCUGGUCUUCGAAGAUGCUCCCAACGGUGUUAAAGGUGCCCACAGUGCUGGUAUGCAGGUGGUUAUGGUGCCCGAUGAACGUGUUCCAUUGGAAAUGUGCGCCCUGGCUACACAAAGAAUUCUAUCAUUGGAACAAUUUCAACCGGAAUUGUUUGGUCUACCACCGUUCGAUAAUUAACGAAAA